CCUUGGAGAGUUGGUUGGAGUAGGCUGCAGAUAAUAAAAUCGCCCCCUUCGCCCAACCUUCUAUUCUCUGGCCGGUUUCUCUUCGUUGCCGGCACUUUUACUUCGUUUCUCGACGUUCACUGCGCCUAUGGCGCGCCAUGCUUCGAAAUUAUCAUUCUUAAUCUUCCACUCCGUCGGUGCGCAGAUUGCCUGAAAUGUAUAUACCCCAGACGAACCCUCUCAAUCCUGAUUCCUCUCUGGCUCCGGCCAUAAGACUCGGACCGGGCCUCACAUCCGCACACGAACUCUCCAUACAUGACAAUCUUCCCCUUCUCAAGUCGGUCUCAUCCCAGGCGCGCCGGCUCCUUGCCCACGGCCUUGGCAUAAUCCCGACUGUCCAUGAUCAUGCAUCGAACCUACAAAAGCGAUCGGGGGCAAGCGUAAACACCACUAUCGGCGUGGUAGUUGGUAUUCUCCUGGCGGUAUUCCUGGUCGGCUUUUUCGCCUUCCUAUACUUUUACGGAAGGUCAAUUCGCUUUACUCGCAAGAGGCGUCAUCGUCGCAAAUCCUCCGGUUCAAAAGGCAACUCGGAAGGCGGCACCGGCGGUGGCACCGGCGAUCCUCCAGCGCCUGCAUAGCAGGUUUCGUUUAUUCCGAUUUUGGAUCGUCUUUACGAAGUUAUGCGGCUUGGAAAAAGUUAUGACUGCGAGCGGCAGCGCCCUACGAAGAUGGUAGAGGGAACACGAUGGGCAUAUAGCUCUAGUUACGGGGGUUUUAUCGGAUAGUUACAGAACGGCUUACACGGCGGCCAACAACAGAAUGAACGGGCUCUUGUUAUGAAUCACGAGUAACGUCUAUUUAAAUCGGGUUUAUCAUGUGUGUAUGAUACGAGAACAAGA